AUGUCGGCCUUGCAGCAUGCCUGCGCGACGGGAGGCCGCGAUGCCGUGGAUAUGCUCCUGACACUGGGGGAAGGUCGCCUAGACCUGACGGGUUCGCUACAUGCGGCCACGCUGCUUCAAGGAGGUACACAUGCCAUGGUUGCCAAGUUGAUUCAAGCACGGGCAGAUGUGAACGAGCAGCUGAGCCUCCAGCCGUUCACGAUGCUGGGUCUGUUCUGUAACCUGAAGGGCUUGGAGUUCAGAUUGAAGAACCCAACGAGGCUGCGCACCUUCGGCUAUCACCAUCACAGGGCAACGCCCCUGAUGGUCGCCAUGCUCGUCGGAAACUUUGAGGCUGCUGCUGCUCUUAUUUCUUUCGGUGCGAGCCUAGACACGCCGAAUUCCAGAGGGAUUAUGGCCGCGGAUCUAGUUCGCGCCGGGUCUACGCCCCAACUCCUGAAAGACGCAGCGUCGGGCCAUCUUCCACUCUCUGCCAUUGCAGAGGACUUUGACACCUUUGAGAUAUAG